AUGCAACCGUCAGCCUCAUCAAGCACAGGCCAGCGAGUACUUGGAGCUUUCAAUCCCAUGGCAGCCUCAUCCUCGCCCUCUCUCUCAUCGCAGCAAACGCGCCAACAAAUCUGUAGAGUCGAAUCUGCCGAUUUAGAGCCCGCCUCGCCCGCGACUGGGCGUUAUACAUACAGCGCAGACAAUCCCCAGGAUGCAUCGCCCGAGUGGCCUCCGACUCAGUCUUCAUACGCCUUUCACGACAGUUCAUACCAAAGUCCGGUUUCAAAGGCUGGCAAUCUGAGCUACCCCUACCGGGAACCCAAUUUAGUUAUACAGCCACCGGUUCCGCCAUUUCAUUCCGACUCUUCGCCGCGACCGCACAGCCCAUCAACAGGCGAAGUUCGCGUGCACCAACGAAAACACGCACAUACCCAGGGCUUCUUUGAACCCUCGAUACCAACAAUCUCUAUUCCCAGCCCCAAUCCUGGUGGCAGCUCCGCCAUAAUGGAUCCGGCCCAAUCUCCGCAACAGGCUCUGAGCGCAAGCCAGAUCGCCGCCCAAGCUGCUAUGCAGCAUCAGAACCACCAGCGGAGACGCAGCCAGACCCUACCGGUAGAGAAUGUAUACGGCGGACAAAGGCGACCAUCACGCGGGCCUGUGAGCCCACCGCUAUUGAGUUUGACGGAGGCAUCUGGGGAGCGUCAGAAUGGCUUUGGUGCGCCUCAGGCCAGACAGGGACUUGUUCAUAGUGGGCAGGUGUAUCGCAAUGGACUUCUUGGUGGUAGUGUGAAUGCGGCCACGACAGCUGCAAACGUGGUGUUUGCGAGGAGCCCGCAGACAAGCCCGAACCUUGCGACUGUUGAGUCCAUGCAACAACAGCAACAGCAACAGUAUAAGGAGCCUGAGAAGCCAGCAAAGGCAGAAAAAAGCAAAGUUAAGCUCUUUUCGCGGCCGGGAAAGCUAAGUGGACUCGGGAAGGAGAAAGAUAGCAAGGAUAAGCAGAUGGGCAGCCCGAGCAAGUUGGGUUUCGGCACCCAUCAGCCCCAGAGAGGCAACAUGAGUACUCACAACCUGGCGGAUUCCAAUAUGAGUGGCGCGAGUAGUAUGUACAGUCUUGCAAACUCUAGCAGUGCUACUAUUCGCCCUAUCGACACCUCUGUGGCCGAGAAGGAGCCGGGAAAGGAAAAGAAGCACCACCACUUUCUGUCACGACAAAAACAGAAGCUAAGUGGAAAGGAUGACCACCACCUACCAUUAUCAUCUGCGAACUCAAAUUCGCGGCCUGUAGACCCAAAUGCGCCGAGCAGCUUUUACAAUUUCAACCUCCCCCCUAGCCCGGGUCCAACAGCAACGAGUUUUAGCAAGUCAAUGAGCGGUCUCGAUCUCCGCCAUGGUGGCCGUGCGCUACGUGAAAAGAAAAGAGAAGAAAAGAGCGCUGCCAACCACAGCUUCCAGGAGUCCGUGUUAAGGGAGAGCGAAGCCACCAGCGACUGGGUUGGCACCUCGUCUAUGAGCUCUACAGCUGCGCUGUUGCCUUAUGCAGGGUUGCCGCCCUCAGCUUAUCCGGCCAGCAUAUAUGGGGGAGAUAUACCUGACCUGGCCAGGUAUGGGCUGAAUAAUAUGGGCCCUGAUGAUGCGUGGCCACUUUUGAAAAGCAAGAUAUUUGCUGUAUUUCAGGGAGAGGACUUGAAACUACCAAUCGAGGAUUUCAAUCGACUUGUCUCAAUACAUAUUCAACGCUGCAUUGUGAAGCGUGCACCAAAUCUUAUUAUAGAUGAUAUCCGCGAUCUGCUCGCCACAGGAUUCCUAUCUAUCGAUGCCACCCUCCGUGUAACUACUGACGAUCGAUUAAUCCCGCGCCUUGUCGAAAUGUGGCUCUUCGUUUUCACGUCUGUACUUCCUAACCUGCAAUCUGUCUUUCUACCCCUUGAUCUCGAGUUUGAAGGAUGCGGGCCCUUGAUGAGCAAAACAGCUGCUAGGGAGUUCUGGGGAGCCUUGCCGAUAUCAAGCCUAUCCCACGGCGGCAGCAACCCGACCCCAGUACCAGCACAUUUUCUGCUCUCUAUCCGUCGCCUGGUUCUCACCACCUAUAGAGACGUAGUGAUUCUUCCGCGCUUCGAGAUUCUACAGACAUUAUUCUCUCGCCUGAGCCUAGAGAGCAUCAAUUUCCCUUCUCAGCCGUCGUAUUCGCAGUCGCCAAUACUCCCAUCCUCGCUGUCCACCUCUCCGCCAGAUGGUCGGCCAGGGACCGCAAUGUCUCUCGACCCUGCAUUCUCGUCGUAUGGCUCGCAAUCUACAACACUACUGAAUGGCAGCGGGGCAGGCAGUGACAGCGUAGGCGCAAGAAGCCGCGGUGUCAGCAAUGUUAGCUUUGGCAGUGACCAACGAGAAGCUGUAUAUGCACAGUCCACCAGACCGUUUGCACCUAGCCCUAUGCUCUCAGGUAGCGGUUUGGGCCUAUCAGGAAGCACGAUUGGUGCAACGACAAGCCAGAGGGAAGUCAAUGCCGAAGAUUCCAAGCACGUUACCGAGACAGUAGGUAGGAUGCUGCAAUGCAUGAGUGUUCUUGCUGCAGUAGGCAUUAUUGCAGGAGAUGGCAGCGAGGUCAAGGUGCAGAAACAGGCAACGCCUACAGACACUGGAACCGGAGGGAGAGCAAGGGGAUAUAGUACGGCUUUGGUUGAGGAUGAAGUGGCGCAGGACAAGAUGGACCGGCUGUGUAAGGCAUUGAAGCUGAACUGGCUCGGACGAGGGCGUACUGGGAGGAAUAGACGCGGUUUGGUAGGAGGGAGGAUGAAAGUAGCUGUGCCUGGCGUUGGUGCAUAA